AUGAAAGCAACAUCAAUCUGGUGGCUACUUAUCGUAGUCAAUAAAAUUAUCUACGUUGCCAAUGCUUAUUGGCUUACAGGCAAUCUUUGUUGGUCCAUGCCAUGUAUGAAUGGAGGUUCAUGUUUUGGAUCAGCAUAUACUUAUCUUUGUAUAUGUCCAAUUAAUUAUAGUGGAGCUUUAUGUGAAAAACAACUUGGUAUUUGUCAAGAAAAUCCAUGUGGUAAUCGAGGUUUAUGUAUUGAAAAAAGUUUAACAUCAUUUGAAUGUCGUUGUUAUUUUGAUUAUAUGGGUCCAACAUGUGAAGAACAUGUAUCGAAAAAUAUUCCUAAUAUAUGGUCAUCACUUUUACCUACACAUACAAGAAUUCUAUUUAAUAUGUUAAAAGAAGCAUAUCGUGCAAAAGUAAAACAGAGAUCAUCAAUUAGUUCAGAAACUGAACAUAUAGAUUUUAUUGGUUUAUUAAAUACAAAUGAAUCGACUCAUACUACUUCAAUGCCAAUGACAUCAACACUCAUAGAGUCUAAUUUUAUAACUCAUCAAAAUGAAUUAACUGAAACAGAACAUGUUAUACAAGCACAAGAUAUUAAACUUGAAAAAAUUUUUCCCGAUAUAAAUACUAUAUCAACAGUAGAAAUGAAUACUGAAGAAUCUCUUCCAUUCGAUUAUUCAACUACAUUCUUAACAAAUUUUGAAAUCGAUAUGACAUCUACUCCUAUGAUUAUAGAAAAUAUGACAACAGCAGAAAUCGAACAAAUUCAAUCUACUUCUUUAAAUCUUAUUGAAGAUCAAGAAACAAUUAAUGCUACUGAACAAUUAGAUACAAUCAUAACCUCAACAUCGAUUCAAUGGUUGGAUGAUGAUAAUAAUAAUACCACUGAUGAUAUAACAACAGAAAAUUUAAUUGAACAAAUAGAUAAUAAUACAGAAUCCAUUGUUAUAACUACAACGGAACCUAUUGAUUAUACUUCUUCGAGUGUCGAUAUAACAAUGGAUGAUUAUGAUGCAUCUUAUACAUCAGAUCAAAUGAUUACUUCAUCUAUUAAUACAUCUGAACUACCAUCAUCUAUAGAUACAACGACGAUCUCUCAAAUUGCACAUAGUCAAUUACUUUAUAAAUUAUGCCGACAAAUUUUAUCACAUCUUUUACCUAAUGCAUCAUCAACAGCUGUUACUGGAUCUAGUUUAUCAUUGGCAUCAGAUUUAUCAUCUAAAAAUAAUAAUACACCUGAUAAAUUUCUGUCUUGGAUAAGUAAAUAUCUCAGUUCAUCUAAAAGUAUAAGUACGUCAUCAACUGUACCGUCAUUAUUAAUCAAUAAAAUUCGAAUACCAUCAAUUUCAUUACAACGGAUAGAUAUGGAUGAUGCACUUCAUAAAAUGAAUAUUAAUAACAUUAAUAGUGAACAAUGA